CGUGGGUCGAUCAUGUUUGUCGAGUGAAGCGGCUCCCGCCCCAAGAGAGCCCGUAGCCAUUUGGGCUCAAGGGCCCGUGUCAGAUGAAGUUAUCCGCCGCGUUAGUGUUUUUGGGCUAUGUGCGGAUUGAUAUAUGGGCAAUGGGUGAAUCAAGGUCUAACUCAACGGAAAGGGGUGCAAGACUGUGGCUUCAUGUGGGUCCCCACAAAACUGCUUCGACAACAAUUCAGAAACAACUUAAAGCUUGGCAGACCUCUCUAACAAGUGACGGCUGGACGUUGGAAGACCCUGCGCAGUUCGGACACUUUGAAUUUAAACGAAUGACUCAAAUCGCGAACGUUGCAGAGUGUUAUCAGGGGAGCCAUUCCUGGUACUAGUACAGGACAUACAAAGAAACAAUUUGUUCAGAUUGGCUGCACUUUCUUGACCAGCUCAAAGGAACUUCCAAAAAGGUGUAGUGAUGUCUAGUGAGCGUUUCGACCAGAUCAAUGACACCAGCGUCGCACAGCUCGCGUUUGACUUAAGCCACAUCAGUACCACCAUCGUGAUGGUUUACCGACCAUUUUACGAUUGGAUCGCAAGUUGGUAUCGGCAGCUCAAGGCUAACGGGCAGGUUGAAUUGGCCUUCGCAGAUUGGCUAAGCGUUUCACAGAUGGAGCGCUACGCGUACAACUACUCGUUCACGACUUCUCUACAUAGUCGCUACGCCGCUCAUUUUUCUGAUGUGAAGGUGCACGUGAUGGGCCCCGAUAUGAUGACCGAUAUUGUCUGCGAUGACUUCAAUGCUGCGAACACGUGCGUGACGUCUAGGAAGGCCAAAGUGAUGAAGCUAAACGUCAGAGCAGAAUCUUCGCCACAUGAAUGCCUCAGUUCUCUGCAGCUGCAAACGCUGAGAACUAUAUCCAUUGAGUUGCACCGAGCGGCGUACGGUAUCUUGGCAUCUUCAAGUUUUCCCGCAUCAGAUUUCGAUGCCAAGGCCAGGAUUUGUUUCGGCAAUCCCUUUUAGACCAAAGACACCCACCCUCGCGUUGGCGAGUUGUGAGGCGCUGUAGCUACUAGGGGUCGGCCAAAUCGCUGUUUUCGGUAAUCUCGUGGGUCGUUUUCAUUUUCUGCUCAGUUCUGACGACGACGAAGCAUUCAGUUUCAGUUUUCUGCUCAUUUUCUGCUCGUUACGCAAAAUCGGCCGACCCCUGGCUGACGCUUGCCUGAGCUGUAGCUACCUUAGCUUGCGCUCAGUUGGGCUCCCGCUCGGAACGCCUUUCGGAGCUCCUGUGCUGAAUGUGGUCCUCCGUCGGGAUCUGUGCGCGUUUCAUGAAACAGGGGUUGAGGCUUCAAUGUUUCUGGCUCCAUUCGCGAUCUUGACCCUUGGUCGAAUCGCGGCUCUUGCGAGAGAUCUUUUUCCCGGAAAGGGCGCGGGCCCAGGGUUCUCUUUUAGUAGGUUAACCCCCCGGCCCCCCUGCGACUUGGGCCGGCGAAAUUAUUCUGCG